CCGUGGGGAACAGUACUGGGCAGUAUCCCACACCUCAUCAUCUGAGGAGGAUUCGUACACAAAUACAGAAGAACUGUUUGGAUUCUAAGAGGACUCCGCUUCAACCAAGAUGAACUUUGCUGCCCAGUUAUUUUAUUCAAGCUACUUGAGUGAGAGACUAGAACGAUUGUUUUCACCAAAGCCUGCACUUCAAGGCAUCGAGGAGAAUGACCCCUUUUGGCACAGAGAGGAGCUGCGACUGGGCCCUGCACAACCAUAUGACCCUCACAAAGGAGCGCUGCUCAGUAAUGGCGCCGUGGGCCGCAGACCGACCCUCAUUGAACCAGAGAGGCUGAAAGACUUUGGUGAGGAAGAACUCCUCAACGGGGACGUGAAGGUCCGUGAGACCAAAGUGGUGGUCGAAGCACCUGUAAUCACGCUAAAGGAGCCACCAAAAACCAGACGAGUCAGCGAGUUCAGGAUCGUCCCCAGACCGGUCCCUCAGUACCUGCGCUUUGAGGACAUCAGCGCCGCCGCCUUUACUAUCCAAUCAAGCAUACAGAAGACGCCUUGCACAUACUCCCGGCUGUCCAAACAGUAUGGUAUGGAGAUUUAUCUGAAGAAGGAGCACCUGCACUACACGGGCUCAGUGAAGGAGAGAGGAGUGUUGUACAUGCUCUCCUCGCUAACACAGGAACAGCAGAGGAAGGGAGUGAUCGUUGCCACUGACUGUAAUUUCUCCAUGGCCGUGGCCCACCAUGCAGUGGAGCUGAAGAUCCCCGUGUUUGCCAUCAUGCCGUCAUGUUGUUCCUCGCCUCGUCUCAGGAUCUACAGAGACUAUGGCGCCAUGGUCAUCUCCUAUGGCAGUACCGGUCACGACUCUCAGAACCACGCUCGCCAUCUGGCCAAAGAAAAUGGAUACCUCUACCUAGAAGAAGAUGAAAGUGCGACCUACCUGGCGGGACUGGGCACAGUGGGCAUGGAGAUUUACGAACAAGUGUCCAAGCUUGAUGCGGUGGUGGUUCCUGCAGCUGGACAGUACGGUCUACUGGCCGGCACGGCGGCAGCCAUCAAGCAUCUCAACUCACACGUUCUAGUCAUAGGAAUAGAACCUGAAGGUUUCCCUUUGCUGCUGCAAUCUCUAAAGACAGAUGGCCCCAUCAAAGACGUUCAUUGCAACCCGAGUACCAAGCUGUACGGAGAUCUCAUGGGGUGCGCACUCGGUAUCAACACCUUCCAGCUGGCCAAGAAACUAGUAGAUAAAGUCAUCUCUGUCAGUGAGGAGGACUCUUUGGUGGCAAUGUUGAGGUUUCAAGAGUUUGAGCGUUCCACCGUGGACACCGAGGGGGCCAUGGGAUUGGCUGCCAUCUUGGCUGGACAACUGACAGAACUGAGAGGCAAAAGGGUGGCAGUUGUGGUGAGCAGUGCUAACAUGGAGCUGGACCUGGUGAGGCAGUGCGUGGACCGAGCCCUGGUGCUGGAAGAUCGUGUCAGCAAGUUCUCAGUGCAGCUGGGAGAAUGGCCGGGAGACAUGGCCAAGCUGCUGGAUGUCCUGUCCAGAGAGGACGUCAGGUUGCUGGAUGUCAGCCAUCGGAGGUAUAGUGACAGGUCGGAUCUCUUUAGGGCAAAGGUGGAAUGUGUGGUGGAAACGAGGGACAAGACACAAAGCACUCAGCUGCGGAAGACGCUGAGUGAGCGCUACCCGUCUCUGUGCUGGCUGGAGCGGUGAUCGGCAGAAAAUUCUGAAAACCAUUCGUCGUAACAAUGUUAAAUCCGGGGAUGAAACGACACAUCUAUGAAAAAUCUGGGAGGACAGAGAACUCAAAUCACAUCCUGACAAUGGAUGUUAUUCAUAUCUGUGUGUGUACAGAAAAGCAACGCAAUUAUAGAGCAAAUGAUAUUCAUAUAACAUCUCCUGUAUUAUUUAUUCCAAGCAUUGGAGUAGUUAGUGAGGUUGGGUCAAGCUCGUGUAGUUUGCUCUCUAUUAGGGAGCACGACUGAUGCAGUGCUGGUAUAAACUCCCCAACAGACACACAUGGAAGCAUUUCAUGCCCAAUAUUGGUUACGCUCGCACAAUCUACUGGAAUUCUAUGGAAGAGCCUUUUGAAAAUCCUGUCUUUGCAAAGUCAUUAUAAAAGAUGGAGUUUAUGAUGCAGCGCUUGGAUUUUGUUAGAUUGUGCAAAUGGAACCAGUGAGUUUUUUGUCUGUGUAUAUAUGUAGUAUAGAUAAAGUUUAUCAUGAAUAUGAGUUUAAUAUAUAUUAAGAUGCCUCAUUUUGGAAUUCUUAUUAUUUUUGAACUGCUGUAAAUAUGUUUCAGUAUUAUUUAUACUCCUGUCGUAGGUAGCAUAGUCACUCCAAGCAGAAACAUUCUCAAAAAUAUAUAAUAAAGGUAUA